AUGCGAUGGGCAUUGGCCUGGAGCUUUUAUGACGAUGUGAUGGUUCCCGAACGCAAACUGGAGAAGGCCCUGGAAAACCCGACUGUCGUCUCCGCUUCCAGAGGUGGGCUCAAAAUCGCUCCAACAAAAGCCUCAGCGCUCGGCUGCACUGGAAGUGGCUCCUGUGGAGGCUGUCACUGCCUUCUGGAAAAGUCUUUCACUGAGCUACCGAGUUAG